UAUAGCACGGUAUGGAGGUCAGUGGCAGCGUCCCUCCACCAGUGCUGCUCUCCCCAGAUCGUCUGCCAUGCGUGUUUCGUAGCAGAAGGAUGCUCCGUUGCAUGAUCGUCUGCUACGUUUUGGCGGCGUGGUUCUUGUGCUGUGUACCGCCGCCGGCCACUUCGCAGACGGUCCUCUCGCGGCAAGCAAGGUCGAGUGCGUGGUCGUCACUCAGGGAACUUGGGAGGGAUUUCCCAAAGGCAUUUUUGAAGAAAAAGUUUCACCACCACCAUCAUCAUCAGUUGAUCGAAACCAUCGGCGUCCCGGCCCUGAUGAUCGCUGGACACGUCAUCCCAAUCGCCAUCGCGGGUUUCACCUUCGGGCUGUUUGUGACGUUGGCCCAUUCUCCAUUAUCUCCUCUACCAGUGCCGCCUUUGCCUCACGCACCCGUGGGAAAACACCCGCCGCUUCAGGCAAUCCAGGCCCUGCACCCUCCUAACAAGUUAGCCUGGGAGGCGGCCCACAACAUUCCCGUCAUCACCUACUACGGGCUCAAGCCUGCCACGCUCAUACGUAGAAAGGGACAGCGCGAAGACAGGUUGACUCAGACCAGUGGGUAUUUGAGGCAGAUGUUACAGAGGCAACGCGAUCAAGUUGGUGUUAAUGAUGGCGGGAACUCAUACCUGGCAGUUCAAUCGUUGCAGAAACUUUGGAAUUCAGCAUCAAAGCCCGUCAGCAGCAACGCGGUGGACGAUGGAAGGGCGCGAGGGAACAGCACGUGACGAGCACUGUGCAACAUGAAGAAAAUACGAGUGUGACGGAAGUCAAAGCAUCCUGACCGUAGGGCUCACUGGCUCGCUUAUUUAUUAAACCAUCCGGUAUCACCGGAGACAAUGCGAGGCAUAGAGGCUCACACUUUCACAACCUCUGCUCACACAACGCACAGGCUCCGUGAUGGUUGGCAUCGUUAUGCAUUCAUGUGACUUCACAGUUACGUUUAUGAAACGUCGAGCUUAGCAGGUACUUUCAUGAUCACCUUUAGUAACAAAAUAAAGUUUACAUUGAGUAUGUC